UAAUUCCGGAAAUGAAAACUCUCAAAAGAUCAAAAAAAAAAUUCAAUAUUUUGAUCCUUUGGGUGCAAUAUGUUUGCAGGUCAAACUAAUGAUGCCAAUUCCUUCUCCCUCUCGUAUGGCUACUUUUCCUCCUACUGAUAACCCUACCACACAUAGAUAUCCAUCAAGAUCUGUUCCCAGAUUAUAAUGCUGGGGUGCUUCCACUCCGUGUGAGCCGAAACACAGAUUUCCCGGAAACGAUAUCUAUAAUGGAGGUAACCAUUGUGCUCCUGUAAUUAAAAGGGCUGCCCCCACUUCCCCUUUAAGUACUCUGAGUUCCAGUGAUGACGAAACUGCAGAAGACAACUAAAGGAUCAGCCAGAACUAAGCAACAAACUCAUCCGCGACUUACAGAUUCCUCCCCACCCCCAUCCGUAAUUGAAGACAAACGAUGGUCUUGAUGCGUCUUUCUUAGACAAUGAAAUCGGAGGAGAUUAGAAUUUGGAAUAUAUACAUUAUCCUGAAAAUGGUUCUUCGUUUCUUCCUUUUAUUUGGCUUUCGAAUGGUUGCAGCUGAGUUCAACAACUACCUUAAUUCAUUGGAUGAGAUUCUUGUUCAGCCUUGGUUACAAGAACCAUUUUACCAUCCCAACUAUGCAUAAGUUCUUUGCAGCAGAAGUCGAAAUGGAUGAAUCUCGAAAGAAACUAUCCUCGCUUCUUGAUAUGGAUUUUUCUUCAUUGAUUUGCUUCAAAGACCUUGACGAACUCGCAACUCUAGCGUCCAAACUACAGAAGGAUCCUACACUUAAUGCUGCACAACUCGUGAAACUGAAGUUAAUAGAAGAGAUUCCAACAUUCGCCGUCACGUUUCUUGAGAAUAGGGAAUUAGUAAUGCAUCAGGCAGACAAGUUCGUCGUAGCCCUAGAGGGCAACAAGGCCAAGGUUACUUCACUGAAACAAGAGUACCGUGAGAUAAAACAAGUAGUAAUAAAUCUGCAGUCCAAGGUAGAUUCCACCACAAUGGCCGUGCAAGAUAUUGGCAAUCAGCUUGCACAGCUCGAAGCUCGCCGUGCCGAGGUCACAAGACUGAUAGAUAAGAAGAGACAGAGAUGAAUCGAUACAUAACCAAAAGUUGGUGGUGAACUCCAUUCUGAAAGUCGUACACGAAGUUCAGCUCGUUAACACCAAAGAACCGGAAUGGGAGCUAAAGUAGGAAAGCGGAAUAAUGCGUGAAGCCGAAUACUUGAUAAUUUUGCUCCUCUAAAAGGUUUUCCCUUUGGGAAAAAAACAACGAAGUCAUCAUUGUCUGCUUAGGUUGAUUGUUUUGAACACCAUAGCCGUAUGAAACUGCUAUGUUGUAGUGCUUUAAACUUUAGCAACGGGGGGUGUUGAAACUCAAACUGACACUCUCAAUUAC